CGACAACAGAAAAGCGGUAAGCUGCUUCUAUCCUUUUAACAAAGCUUUCCCACCAAAUCGGUGAUUUCUGACUCCAGAAUACAGUUUGGAGGCAAAUGGUGUGAACAAAGAAAGUGACAAACGGCCAAUUCGCCCUGCCUUCACGUGUGCCUGGAGGCCGGAAGCCAAGGCUCUCGGAUUCAACCUUUCGAGAUUAUCCAGCUGGACCCGUGAGCAAGGAGUCACUCGAUGAAUGACGAGCCUUCACAUUCGGAAAACAUGAUCCUUCAGCCUUUGCUUCUGACCUGCCUUUUCCUGAUAAUCUCUGAUUCCUGUGAGUCCUUCACUGAAACAAAUUAUUCUAGAAGCUAUCCUUGUGAUGAGAAAAGGGAAAAUGUUUCUGUCAUUGCAGAGUGCAACGAUCGCCGACUGGAAGAAGUUCCCCAAACAGUGGGCAAGUACGUGACAGAACUAGACCUAUCUGAUAAUUUCAUCAUCCACAUAACAAAUGAAUCAUUUCAAGGGCUGCAAAAUCUUACUAAAAUAAAUCUAAACCACAAUGGCAAGGCACGGUCCCAGAAUGAAAAUCCUGACGUAAAUAAAAAUGGCAUGAAUAUUACAGAUGGGGCAUUCCUCAACCUACAAAACCUAAGAGAGUUACUGCUUGAAGACAACCAGUUAGACAAAAUACCCACUGGUUUGCCAGGGUCUUUAAGAGAACUUAGUCUAAUUCAAAACAGAAUAACUUCUGUAACUAAAAAGAAUACUUCUGGACUUAUGAAUUUGGAAUAUCUCUAUUUGGGCUGGAACUGCUAUUUUGGCAACAUUUGCAAUAAAACUUUUGACAUAGAAGACGGAACAUUUGAAAGGCUUACAAACUUGAAGGUGCUAUCAUUAUCUUUUAACAACCUUUCUCAUGUGCCACCCAAACUGCCAAACUCCUUGAGAGAGCUUUAUCUUAGCAACACCAAGAUCAAAAACAUCACUCAAGAAGACUUCAAGGAAUUGAGAAAUUUGACAGUACUGGAUCUAAGCGGGAACUGUCCAAGGUGCUUCAAUGCACCAUUUCCCUGUACACCUUGUGAAAGAGACUCUUCGAUUCAGAUACAUCCUCUUGCUUUUCAAGACCUGACCGAACUUCGCUACCUAAACCUCUCUAGCACUUCCCUCAGGAAGGUUCCUGCAAUCUGGUUUGACAAUAUGCACCAUCUGAAGGUGCUGCAUCUUGAAUUCAAUUAUUUAGUGCAGGAAAUAGCGUCUGGGGAAUUUUUAACAAAACUGCCCUCCUUAGAAAUACUUGACUUAUCUUUUAACUAUAUAGUGACGAAAUAUCCAAAAUAUAUUGAAAUUUCCCCGAACUUCUCUAAUCUUACGUCUCUCCAGAUAUUGCACUUAAGAGGUUAUGUGUUUCAGGAAGUUAGAAAAGAACAUUUCCGGCCCUUGAUGAGUCUCUCAAAUUUAAAGACUAUCAACUUGGGCGUUAACUUUAUUAAGCAAAUUGAUUUUACCUUUUUCCAACAUUUCCCCAAUCUGACAGUCAUUUACUUGUCAGAAAACAGAAUAUCGCCCUUGGUAAAUGAUAGCCUGCAAAAUUAUACAAAUGGCUCCGCUUUCCAAAGUCAUAUCCUUAAGCGACGUUCAGCAGAUUUUGAGUUUAACCCACAUUCAAAUUUUUAUCAUAACACCAAUCCUUUAAUAAAGCCACAGUGUACAGCUUAUGGCAAAGCCUUAGAUUUAAGCUUGAAUAGUAUUUUCUUUAUUGGGCAAAAGCAGUUUAAAGCUUUUCAUGACAUUGCCUGCUUAAAUCUGUCUUCCAAUGGCAUUGGUCAACCGUUGCAUGGAACUGAAUUUUCAGCUGUACCGCAUAUCAAAUAUUUGGAUUUGACAAACAAUAGAAUAGACUUUGAUGAUGAUAAUGCUCUCAGAGAAUUGCCUGAGUUAGAAGUUCUAGAUUUCAGCUACAAUGCACACUAUUUCCGAAUAGCAGGGGUAACGCAUCGUCUAGGAUUUAUUCAAAAUUUAACACAGCUAAGAGUUUUGAAUUUGAGCCACAACAGCAUUUACACUUUAACAGAGUACAAUAUGAAUAGUAUGUCUCUGGAAGAAUUAGUUUUCAGUGGAAACCGCCUUGACCUUUUGUGGAAUGCUGAAGACAGAAGGUACAGGAAAAUUUUUAAGUGUCUCAGGAAUCUGACACGGCUUGAUUUAUCCUUUAAUAACCUCCAGCACAUCCCAGAUGAAGCAUUCCUUAACUUGCCCCAGAAUCUUACCGAACUGUAUAUAAAUGACAAUAGAUUACAUUUCUUUAACUGGACAUUACUCCAACAUUUUCCUCAUCUCCACUUGCUUGACCUAAGUAGAAACAAACUCUCCUCUUUAACUAAUAACCUAUCUAAAUUCUCACCUUCUCUUCGGACACUGCUACUGAGUCAAAACAAGAUUUCCCACCUGCCUUCUGGCUUCUUCUCCGAAGCUAGCAGUCUGAUACACCUCGAUUUACGUUUCAACAGGCUAAAGAUGAUCAACAAAACCACGCUUCAAACUAAGACCACCAUCAAUUUAGCCGUUUUGGAACUUGGUGGAAACCCUUUUGACUGUACCUGUGACAUUGGAGAUUUUCGGAGAUGGAUGGAUGAAAAUCUGAAUAUCGCAAUUCCUAGAUUGGCAGAUGUCAUCUGUGCCAGUCCUGGGGAUCAAAGGGGGAAGAGUAUUGUGAGUUUAGAGCUAACGACGUGUGUUUCAGAUGCCAUUGCCGCAAUAUUAUGCUUCUUCACGUUCUUCAUCACUGUCACAGUUAUGUUGGCUGCCCUAGCUCACCAUUGGUUUUACUGGGAUGUUUGGUUUAUCUAUCACAUGUGUUUAGCUAAGAUAAAAGGCUACAGGUCUCUUUCCACAUCCCAAACUUUCUAUGAUGCUUACGUUUCUUAUGACACCAAAGACGCCUCUGUUACGGACUGGGUGAUAAAUGAGCUGCGCUUCCACCUAGAAGAGAGUGAAGAAAAAAACGUGCUCCUCUGUUUAGAGGAGAGGGAUUGGGACCCGGGAUUAGCCAUCAUCGAUAACCUCAUGCAGAGCAUAAACCAAAGCAAGAAGACAAUAUUUGUUUUAACCAAAAAAUAUGCAAAAAACUGGAACUUUAAAACAGCAUUCUACUUGGCCUUGCAGAGGCUAAUGGAUGAGAAUAUGGACGUGAUUGUAUUUAUUCUGCUGGAGCCAGUGUUACAGCAUUCCCAGUAUUUGCGGCUGCGGCAGAGGAUCUGCAAGAGCUCCAUCCUCCAGUGGCCUGACAACCCCAAGGCAGAAGGCUUGUUUUGGCAAAGUCUGAAAAAUGUGGUCUUAACUGAAAAUAAUUCACGGUAUAACAAUUUGUAUGUUGAUUCCAUUAAGCAGUACUAACUGAUGUUAAGUCAUGGUUCACCAACAUAAAAAUGCAAAGCAAUUAAAUUAC